CAUUGGGUCAGAUGGAAAACAAUGUUCUGGCAUCGGUACAUGCUACUGUUUUUAAGGAAUCAGAGAAUCUUGAAGGGAGAAGCAUCAAARUUGAGGGAUACGACUUCAAUCAAGGAGUCAAUUACUCCAAGCUUCUAAGGUCCAUGGUCUCCUCUGGAUUUCAAGCCUCCAAUUUAGGAGAUGCCAUAGAAGUUGUCAAUCAAAUGUUAGAUUGGAGGCUUGCCGAUGAGGAUAUAACAGAAGAUUGCUCUGAGGAGGAGAGGGAUCCAAUCUAUAGGGAGUCUACGAGGUGCAAAGUGUUUCUUGGUUUUACAUCUAAUCUUAUUUCUUCUGGUGUUAGAGACAYAGUUCGCUAUCUUGUUGAACAUCAUAUGGUAGAUGUGAUUGUCRCUACUACUGGUGGUAUUGAAGAAGAUCUGAUAAAAUGCCUUGCUCCCACUUAUAAAGGUGAUUUUUCUCUACCUGGAGCCCUUCUUCGGUCAAAAGGGUUGAAUCGCAUUGGUAAUUUAUUGGUCCCUAAUGAUAAUUAUUGCAAAUUCGAGGAUUGGAUUAUUCCAAUUUUGGAUCARAUGUUGAAGGAACAACUUGAAGAGAAUGUAAUUUGGACACCAUCCAAGUUAAUCCAACGCUUGGGAAGAGAAAUAAAUGACAAGAGUUCGUAUCUUUAUUGGGCCUAUAAGAACAAUAUUCCGGUCUUCUGUCCUGGAUUAACAGAUGGCUCAUUGGGGGAUAUGCUGUACUUCCACUCUUAUCGUAAUCCCGGGUUGAUUAUUGAUGUAGUUCAAGAUAUUAGGGCCAUAAAUGGUGAAGCUGUCCAUGCAAGUCCAAGGAAGACUGGAAUGAUAAUUCUUGGUGGGGGUCUCCCAAAGCAUCAUAUUUGCAAUGCCAAUAUGAUGCGCAACGGUGCAGAUUAUGCUGUCUUCAUCAAUACUGCUCAAGAGUUUGAUGGAAGUGACUCUGGAGCCCGUCCCGAUGAGGCUGUCUCUUGGGGCAAAAUACGAGGUUCGGCCAAGACUGUUAAGGUACAUUGUGAUGCCACGAUCGCUUUCCCGUUGCUCGUUGCAGAAUCAUUUGCCUCAAGGAGAGUGAAGGAAAAGGACGUUACUGCCAAAGUCUCGGGACGCUGAUCCAUGUAACGGUAUGAAUUUUAAAUCUUUGAUCCUUAAAUUGGCUUGUGCUGUCCAGUGAACUCUGUGAGCUUAAAUUAAAUUACAAUAAAAUUACCUCAUUGAAACUCAGGGGAGGUUUUAGUCCAGAAAUACCUCCUCUGUGGUAUUGCUCUCUUUAUGUAAUGGAGAACUGUUUCAUUAUUGAUCAAAAGAAUAAAUUUGGGUUCUACAUUA